UAUGGUGUAUACUGUCUACAGACAGUGGUACGUUAUCAUAUCGGACGCGGAGAUUAGCUCUCGUGCCGGACGGAUCAUGUUAUUCUUAUACUGAUCAUGAAUUUUAAUCAACUAGGCCGAGAAGAUUCCUGUUGUCGACUUUUGUGUGGAUGGACGGCGAAGGACUGUAUGAUAAUAACAAGAAUAUACUCCGAAUGAGAUCACCGAGUCAUCACUAUAAUUAUCACGAGGAAAAGAGGGGAAAGAAAGUAUCAAAUUGUUGGCGCCUAUUCUGGAGACCUGGCCGAACCAACGAGUCGGCGUCCAUGGCACCAUCCGGGCCCUACCGGCGAGUCGGAGUCCGUAGUCGCCGUGCUGAAGUAAGAAUCACGAACUGUGUCAGGAUCAUGAGCCAUGUCAGAACUCUAGAUAUUAGAAUUAGAGCUGGAGAUCCAUGUCAGAAGACCCCUUUUUUUUUCAUCCCGUUCUUUCAUCCAGAAGAAGCAAUAAGACAGUCGGAACUCGGAGCGAUUGAAUCAAUGAAUGCUGUGGACGCUAGAAUUAUGAAUGGAAGGUUAUGCCCUGCUGAGCUAAUCGGAAGGAGGAUAAGCCGGAUCCGUAUCCGGGCAAUGGGAUCCGAAAGAUCGGCAACCAAGAGGGGUCAAUUUAUGUUGAUUUUUUGACAAAUGAAUAGUCAAUGGUUAGUGAGUGAGAGAGACCAGAGAUCGACCAGAAUUAGUGCGAGUGGAAAGAGAAACCCGAUCAGUGGAGGAGAUUUGGUUUCCAUGGUCUGCCCGCUGUACUCCUGCAUAACUGAGCCU